GUUUAGAUUAUAGCGGACAUAAUUAUUAUAAACAAGUUUCAGAUGAUUAAAAGAAGAAACCAUCUUUGUUCGUCGGUUAGUUGAAAUGUUUCAGAGAUUAUUGAUUUGUGUAAAUAACAGAUGGUGGAUUAACUAAGAAUUGUUUAGGGAUAUUUAUUAUAACGUUUAAUUAUUAGAACCUGCUCGCCAUGAAGAUCGUCUUCGUCCUGUUGCUAGUCACGAUUUCGGUGUCGGCGGAGGCCAGAGUCAAACGCGGUUUUCUGUCGUUGCCUCGAGCGCCGUCUCCUUCCGAUGUAACUGCUGGUAUUAGGAACGCUACCAAAGUUGGUGGAGGAUUCGCUGGUGCACUCACCAAAAAAGUCUCACCGGAGGUAUUGAAAAAGAUAUUAACAGAAGAUUGGAAAGGGUUUCAGUCAACCUUCAACAAAGUAUAUCCCACGGAGGCAAUUGCUAAGCUUCGUCAAGGCAUUUUUGCAGAAAACAAAGUCGGCAUUGACAAGUUCAACGAAUUGUUCGAACAGGGAAAAUCAUCUUUCGCCCAAAAACUUAACUGGUUGGGCGAUUUGGCGCCCGACGAGUUCAACAAAUUACUGAACGGUUUUAGAGCACCAAAAUCUAAACCUCCACCAACAGCUACUGUGCGUUCUAGAACUGGAGCGGCUGUACCAUCAAGCAUCGAUUGGAGAGAUGUUGGAGCUGUAACUGAUGUGAAAUCUCAAGGUUUAUGUCAAAGUUGCUGGACGUUCGCAGCAGCAGGAGCUAUAGAAGGCCACUGGUUUCGUAAAACUGGAAAAUUAGUGGAUGUAAGCGAACAAGAUUUCGUCGAUUGUACUCCGUCGGAUGACGGGGAUGGGGGCUGUCAAACGGGUUACACGGACGCAGCUUUCGAAUACGCUCGAAAACGUUCCGGGGUCAAUAGCGAAGAUGCUUAUCCUUACGAAGCGAAGGAAGGCAAAUGUAGGCACGUCAAUGGGAGUUCCGUCGCCAGAACUGCUGGAUAUGCGGAAGUAGCUCCUAAUGAGAAAGCUCUCGAAGAAGCUGUAGGAACUUUGGGCCCUAUAGCGGCCGCCAUAGAUGCAAGUAAAACCGGGUUCCAAUUCUACUCCGACGGUGUCUACUUGGAUCCAGAGUGCGGCAACACCACAGACGACAUCAACCACGCCGUCUUGAUUGUGGGAUACGGUCAGGAAUCUGACGGCAAGAAAUACUGGAUUGUCAAAAAUUCGUACGGACCGGAUUGGGGACAGGGAGGGUAUAUUAAAAUGGCUAAGGACGCUGGCAAUCAUUGUGGCAUUGCCUUGCAAGCCUCUUAUCCUUUAGUUUAGUACAUUUAGUAUCUGUUUCUUCUAUUGUAUAGUUGUAUUAAUUAUAUUAUGAGUUCUUAAAAAUAAUAUAUCUGAAAAUAUACUUUAAAUAAA